UCGAGUCAGACAGUCGGUGUGCAAAUGAAGUGGCACUUUCGGCAUUUUGUUUGAGUGUCGUCAACGGAGCUGGCUAUAGUUUUUCUGUAUUUUAAAGUAAUUUCCAAUAUGAAGAGUCUUUUGUACUUAAUGGUGAUAGCCCUACUAGGGUCCGCGUUUGGAGACGAAAUUCCAACUGAAGACAAUGUACUUGUACUUACAAAACCCCUCUUCGAUGAUAUUAUAGGGAAGACCGACUAUAUUUUAGUAGAAUUCUAUGCACCGUGGUGCGGUCAUUGCAAGUCCCUUGCACCGGAAUAUGCGAAGGCGGCGACAAAAUUAGCCGAAGAGGACUCACCCAUCAAGUUAGCCAAAGUAGAUGCGACGCAAGAACAGGAUCUCGCUGAGUCCUACAAAGUGAGGGGAUACCCUACAUUAAUUUUCUUCAAAAAGGGAAACCCUAUUGAUUACACAGGGGGUCGCCAAGCCGAUGAUAUUGUUGCAUGGCUGAAGAAAAAAACUGGCCCACCAGCAGUCAUUGUCGCUUCUGCUGAGCAAGCCAAGGAACUUAUUGCUGCAAAUCCUGUUAUUGUGUUCGGUUUCUUCCCUGACCAAGCAACAGAAAAGGCUGUAACUUUCCUGAAUACUGCCGGAUUAGUUGACGACCAAGUGUUUGCUAUUGUCAUUGAUGAAAAGGUUAUUGAGGAGCUCGAAGCUAAUGCUGAAGAUGUUGUUCUAUACAAAAACUUUGAGGACCCCAGUAUCAAGUUUGAUGGCAGUGAAUUCAACGAAGAUGCGCUCAAGAACUGGGUGUUUGUGCAGAGCAUGCCCACCAUUGUUGAAUUCUCCCAUGAAACAGCCUCCAAGAUCUUCGGUGGCCAGAUUAAAUACCAUCUCCUCUUGUUCCUGUCUAAGAAAAGUGGUGACUUUGAGAAGUACUUGGACAAUCUGAAACCAGUCGCUAAGAACUACCGCGAGAAGAUCAUGACUGUUGCCAUCGACACUGAUGAAGAUGACCACCAGAGAAUCUUGGAGUUCUUCGGCAUGAAGAAGGAUGAAGUACCAUCAGCCCGUUUGAUUGCUCUUGAACAAGAUAUGGCCAAGUACAAACCCGCUACCAACGAACUUUCUGCUAAUGCUAUUGAGGAAUUCGUGCAAUCAUUUUUCGCGGGCACAUUGAAACAGCACCUAUUAACUGAAGACCUUCCUGAGGACUGGUCAGCUAAACCCGUCAAAGUGCUUGUGGCAACCAACUUUGAUGAAGUUGUCUUUGAUCCUACCAAGAAAGUUCUCGUUGAAUUCUAUGCCCCAUGGUGCGGCCAUUGCAAGCAACUUGUGCCUAUCUAUGACAAGCUUGGAGAGCACUUCGAGAAGGAUGAUGAUGUAGUGAUCGCCAAGAUCGACGCUACUGCCAACGAGCUGGAACACACCAAGAUCACAUCCUUCCCCACCAUCAAACUAUACACCAAGGACAACCAGGUCCGAGACUACAAUGGUGAGAGGACACUGGAUGCCAUGACCAAGUUUGUAGAGACUGAUGGGGAAGCAGCUGAAGCAGUGCCAUCUGUUAGCGAGGAGGAUGAAGCAGACGAGACAGCACCCAGAGACGAGUUAUAAGUUGUUACAGUUACUUGAGACUUCCAUAGAUUUAUUGUAUAGUUUAUAAUUAUACUAACAUAACACUUAACCUGUGCAUUUCUUAAGCUAGGCUGUUUAUUUUUAUACUGAGUUGAGGUUGUCACAUCCAAGGUUGAAAUUUAUUUGUCAAAAGCCUUUUUUAUACUAUUAAUUUCAUUAAUUUUCUAAAUAUUUUAAGAGUUCUGUUAAAGAAUUCGAAUAUGUGCCUAUAUUUAUUUGGUGAAGCAUAAUUUAUUUGAUAAUCAGCCGCAUAACUAGAUUAUGUAUGUGUAUUUAUAAUUUCUGUAUCAUAAUUGCGUACUUCAAAUUCCUUAGUACAAAGUUUUGUUACAUCGAACAAGCAGUGUCGCUUAAGUUAAUCUCAUUUUUAUAUUUGUAUGAAUUCAGUUUUAAGUCAUCACAAGAGUUUUAUUAAUAUUAAGUGAAAGAUGUUGUUUUUUGGCGUGUUUUGUAUUUUCUUAAAUUUUACCUCGAUCGGAUCAAAGGUGCUUUGAUUUAGAGGAUCAAAUGUUUUUCAUGUUUAAAGGUGACUCAACGCUCCCUAAUGUGUAAAUAUUAUUUUGAUUCAAUCCACGUCUGUUGUAUUUAUUGUGGAUACAGAAAUUAAUAAAUAAAAUUUUAAUAAUUA